AUUCUAAAUCACAGACGGCUCGCUGCGCUCGCCGUCCGUGAUUUAGACCUCCCCAAUCACACCCCGAGUUGCGAUCCGGUGGAAACCUGCGUCGCGCAACUGAUAAUCGGUACUGGUCCAUCAGGAUAUUUAUCUUGUACAAAUCAGUACCAGAUACAUAAUCCUGAUCGAGCUUUUACUCACAGUCUACCAUUAAAUAUGCGGGCGGUCUCAGUAUCAUUUUUAAUACAGCAAUGUAGAAAAAUAGCAAAUGUUUUAGAGCGUCAUGUCUAACAACUAUUAUUUAUCUAAAGGUUUAAUUGCAAGUGUUUACCAAAUUAUUGUAAAAAACAGCAAAACCUUCGCAUGCGGUGUACCGUCUGGUAAUCAAUAAUGUUCAGUCAGUAAUGUUUUUACGGUACACCGCUUGCUCGGGUCAUUUUCCCAUUUAAUAAUUUCUCAUUCAAUAAUUUCCCAUUCAAUAGUAUUUCAUUUCAUGCGUCUACCAUUAACGUGUUCAGACUGCCCACAUCUUACUAACGUUUAUGGUGUAGCAUGGGUGACUAGGUACAAGGAUACUUGCAAUUUCGGAUUGGGCGUAUCCUACUCAUGCAAUGCAUAUCAUACAAGACCAGUCAAGUUAAUAACUUUGUUUUUUGUAUAUAUAGCGAAGGAUCGUAAAAACUUUGACAGCGCGAUGUAGGAAUACAAACUUAUGUUUCAUUCAAUGUAGCCUUUAUUUCAGUCUACUAUGUACUAAUUUGAUGCAUGUUAAAUGUAAACUAAUACAUGGUUCUAAUACGUCACGUCUCGUUUUAUGCCACAUGAUAUCUGCCUCAAUGAAGAAAUUGUUUAUAAAUACUUCAACAAGUAGGUACUGAUUUACAUGCAUGACAAGUGAAUGUUAGUUAUUUCACCUGCUAGGUACGUACUUGGAAUGCAAUUUUUGUUUUCAAUAUAUUUUUUCAUUUAAUCACAUUGAAAUAUAAAUAUAUAUAUUUUAAUAUCCAUUAUUAUAUUUAUUGGUACUUGAUGUAUAUCGUGAUCGUGGUUAAAAGGUAUUUUUUUCACAAAUUUCCAAAUUCUGAUUUCAGUUUCAGGCUUAGAUAUACCAUGCUGCACAUGUAGGUUUCGGCUUAGUAUACCAAUUUUGCAACACCCUGUUUAUACAUGAUGUUACGGAACCCUCAGCGCGUGUUUCGCCAGAUUUUAUAUGGUAAUGCGCAUGAGCACCAUGGGCGUAACUUGCGUUUCGAAGUACAGAUUUAUCUUGCUUUUCUGAUAAUCAGGUGAUUCAGCCUGCAAUGCAAUGUCUUAACGGCCUAACAAAUAUGAGUACAACUCAAAAUACAUAUCUUCACAGCGCGUGUUGCCCCGCGGAUUCGAACCCGCGACCUCUUGGUCGAGAGCCAUUGGCUAAGUUGGCAAUUAAAGAAUAAAAUUAUAUUAUAUAUAUCAUAGAAUUUUUUAAGGAAAUGAAUCUGACUUUCCAUUUGAAAGACCUUCUUCUGAUCACUUAUCCACUUAAGAUUUAUUUACAAUGCGAGCUAGUGCAGUUAAAACAUACUUACAGCUAGUUUCCAAUACAUAAUUCAAUCGAUGAUUAACUUUUAUUGGCCUUUUGGAAACAGAAAGCGGAAGAUGUAGGUAGGUUUGAUUUGAGGUGAAAAGCUUUGAAAACACGGAAAAUGUCUCCGUAGCUUAAUAUAACUUGGAUAUGCUACUAGAUAGUAACGUCCUAGUAUGUUAUUAAAGAUCUCUAGCAACUAUUUCAUGUAAUGCCUUAUUGGAAGCCAUUGCCUUUUAAAAUUAUAGUAUCUUAUUUCUGAAUUCGGUAAACAUAAUCAAAUGUAUGACCCGCUUAAGGUAUGUAAGGAUGAGUUUAUACUAAAGAAUCACUAUGACUUAUUAAGUUGAGUAAUUAGUUCUUAAGGAUUCGGGACAUAAGGUUUAUUAUACUUUAAACAUGUAUUAACAAAAAUAUAUAUUUAUGUUGGUUUUGCAUUAUGAAUCGCGCCUUAUAAUUUGCUGAACAAAACUAUUCGCUCCGCCUCAGAGGACCUUUUUCAUACGCGAGACUGCGAGAGUGACAUUAUACUGCAUCGUUCAGUGGUUCAGUGUUGUGAUUAUAAGUGCUGGUGUUCCUGUAGCUCCUCAGCAGAUCUUCAUAAGUAUGUACGUGUCUAUUUUAUUACUUUAUCGCACUCUGAUUUAUUCCAUUUGACUGAAACUUUUAAGAUAUAUUUCAGCACCCUUAGAAACUUAGUUUUUUUAACUAUACAUAUAUUCCCUUCCCAGUAAGAGCACUUAAAAAAAGGAUAGAAGAGUUAGGUAUAUAAUGUGACGAUGUAAGAGCAAAUAGUUCCUACCUAUGCCCAAAUUUAUCAUCUAUUAUACUUUUCAUAAAUUUGAAAGAAAUUUAACGUAACUGCGUUUCUAUUCAACAGUUUUUUUACGAAGUUUAUGUAUGUUUACUUUCAGGGCUCACUGGUCGCAAAAUCCGUUUUGGGCAGACGAGGAUAUCUUCGCAUCCAGCUCUACCAAUCCUGCCUCGAACCAGAAAAAAGAAAAGAAGAAAGAACCAGCAAAACGCGGUAAAGCUAGUUCCAAGAGCUCAGCGCCGCCGCCCGCUGCGAGCGUCGCCCCGCGAGACCUGUUCGCCUGCGGCUCCGACACCGAGCCCGAGGAGCCCAUCCCGGCAACGCAGCCCUCGGCCGUUAAACGCAAGCGUGCUGUUUUUCCUGAUUCCGAGGACGAAGCAACAAACGUUGUUCCAGGCAAAUGCAGUCGCGCGGCGGUGCCUGCAACACAACUACGCAGCUUCUUUACGCAGAGGACUGCUUCUGGGUACAGCACUCAGCGAGAUCCCCUCAAGCGAGGCGAAUAUUUUAUUGAGCUGCGCGUUUAUAACACAGCGGAAGCGGAGAAACUCCAGGAUGAGAAGUGGCGUCAUCCAAUCCUUGCUAUAAAAGUAGGCGCGGAUACUAACAGUAGCGUGUGGCGCGCGACGAGUCGUCUAGUUCAAGCGACUCGGGAAGAUUUUGCUCAUAUUCAGCCCAUCAUUUACCCCAACUGCUAUUCAUAUUAGAGGCCUACGUUUUUCAACUGUAUGGUUACGGUUAUACCUAGGUACCCAACCUAUUGGCAUAUAUAAAAAUUAAUAUGUACUUUUGUUAUUUUAAAUAUAUAAUCAAACAAUUAUAGAAU